AUUUCUAUUGGAAUUGCGCAGGCGCAGAACUGGUGCUGCUGCGCGAAAGAUUCGCGUACACGAAAGUGCACACGUGGGUUUGUGUGGCUGUGCAGUUUGUGGUCUACUCAACACAUUCUGCAAGGGUCAUCUGUCAGCAGACGGAGAGCUGUGGCCGGAGGAUCGCAGAGGAUCAUGUCUGUGUUGAGGUUCUACAGGAGAGAGGCAGAGGUCGGGAGAACCCUUCAGAGGGUAGCAGUGUUGUACCCAGGGGUUUCCAUAGAAACUGAACUCUGCUACAAUGUGGAACUGAAUGGAGCUGGAUCACUCAGUGCUGAGCAGAAGGAUGUCCUUCGCUGGCUGUUUAGUCCUCCCCAGCACGGUGGUUUGUCUGAGGAACCAUCCCUUAAGGCUGGAGAUGGAGAGAGGCUGGUGGAGAUUGGACCCAGACUGAACUUCUCCACCGCCUGGUCCACCAAUGCUGUGUCCAUCUGUCAGAGUGCAGGCCUCAGCCAAGUGUCCCGAGUCGAACUGUCCCGCAGACAUCUCAUCAAGCCCAAGGAUGGACAUAAUGGAAUGAAAUCAGACAUGGAGAAACUGAUUGGAUGCCUGUAUGACAACAUGACUGAAUGUGUUUACUUGCACCCCAUCAACUCCUUCACUGUGGAGACGCGUUCACAGGAAGUGUUUGAGGUGGAUAUUCUUGGCAAAGGCCGCGCAGCCUUGGAAGUGGCCAAUGAUGAGCUAGGUCUUGCAUUUGACUCCUGGGAUCUAGACUAUUACACAGGACUAUUUCAGAGGGUGAAGAGGAACCCCACCAGCGUGGAGUGCUUUGACUUGGCACAGUCUAACAGUGAACACAGUCGCCACUGGUUCUUUCGUGGGCGUAUGAUCAUUGAUGGACAGGAGCAGAAGGAGACUCUGUUCAGUCUCAUUAUGGGCACCCAACGCCAUAGCAACCAGAACAAUGUCAUCCAAUUCUGUGACAACAGCAGUGGUAUAACGGGGAUGGAGCUGGAGUUCAUGUAUCCUCGGGACCCUGCUCAGGCCAGCGCCUAUGACACGAGGCGCUCCACCCGACACGUCAUCUUCACUGCAGAGACUCACAACUUCCCCACAGGUGUGGCUCCUUUCAGUGGUGCGACCACAGGCACAGGGGGGCGCAUCAGAGACGUGCAGAGCGCCGGACAGGGAGGUCAUGUGAUCGCCGGCACCGCUGGAUACUGUUUUGGUAAUCUGCAUAUUCCAGGGUUCUCUCUCCCCUGGGAGGAGGAAGGGUGGGAGUACCCCCCCAGUUUCGCCCCGCCGCUGCAGGUGGCUGUCGAGGCCAGCAACGGAGCCUCGGACUAUGGCAACAAGUUUGGAGAGCCAGUUCUGGCAGGAUUUGCCCGUUCCUUUGGCAUGCGACUGACCAAUGGGGAGCGGCGAGAGUGGAUCAAGCCAAUCAUGUUCAGCGCUGGUUUGGGCUCGAUCGAGGAUCAGCAUGUGAAGAAGGCGGCGGCAGAGCCAGGCAUGGAGGUGGUGAAGAUCGGGGGCCCCGUAUACAGGAUUGGAGUCGGGGGAGGUGCUGCCUCUUCUGUCCAGGUUCAGGGUGAUAACUCGAGUGCCCGUGACCUGGAUGCGGUGCAGAGAGGAGACGCUGAGAUGGAGCAGAAGAUGAACCGAGCGCUGAGAGCCUGUCUGGAGAGAGCGGCGGGAAACCCCAUCUGCAGCAUCCACGACCAGGGCGCCGGGGGCAACGGCAAUGUUCUGAAGGAACUGAGUGAGCCAGCUGGAGCCGUGAUCUACACCAGCAAGUUUAAGACAGGUGACCCGACCCUGAGUGUUCUGGAACUCUGGGGGGCCGAGUAUCAGGAGAGCAACGCCCUCCUGCUCCACCCUGCCGAUCGGAACUUUCUGGAACAAGUGUGCCAGCGUGAAAAGUGCCCAGUUGACUUUGUGGGCAAAAUCACAGGAGAUGGCAAGAUUGUUCUGGUGGAUGAUUUGCGUAGCAGUGGUGACACCUCAAAUGGGCGUCGGCCUGUGGAUCUGGAUCUGGAGUGGGUCCUGGGCAAGAUGCCCCAGAAGGAGUUUGUGAUGGAGCGUAUAUCCCCCUCUCUCCAGCCUCUCUCUCUGCCCUCCCCCCUCUCUGUGCUCGCUGCCCUGGAGAGAGUCUUAAGACUGCCGUCGGUGGCAAGCAAGCGCUACCUCACCAACAAGGUGGAUCGUUCUGUGACGGGCCUGGUGGCUCAGCAGCAGUGUGUCGGACCCCUCCACACCCCGCUGGCUGACGUCGCCGUGGUCGCGCUGUCGCCCUUCAGCCUCCAGGGUGCUGCCACGGCGAUCGGAGAGCAGCCAAUCAAAGGCCUGGUCUCUCCAGCGGCAGGGGCACGCAUGGCUGUGGGCGAGGCCCUCACUAACCUGGUGUUUGCCAGGGUCACCGCUCUCAAAGAUGUGAAGUGCAGCGGGAACUGGAUGUGGGCGGCCAAGCUGCCCGGGGAGGGAGCCAGCCUGUGGGACGCCUGCCAGGCUAUGUGCCAGGUCAUGGGCCAGCUGGGCGUGGCCGUAGACGGGGGCAAGGACUCCCUCAGCAUGGCCGCUCGCGUGAGCAAGGAAACUGUCAAAGCACCAGGCUCUCUGGUGAUCUCUGUAUAUGCCGUGUGCCCUGACAUCACUGCAACUGUGACCCCUGACCUGGAGAAUCCCGAUGGCCAAGGUGUCCUGCUGUAUGUUCCUGUGAGCCCAGGGAAACACAGACUGGGCGGCUCGGCUCUGGCUCAGUGCUUCGGCCAGCUGGGAGACUGCAGCCCCGACCUGGACCACCCAGACAAGCUGUCAGCCUGUUUCAACACCACCCAGGCACUCAUACAGGAUGGAGUGCUAAGUGCAGGACAUGAUGUCAGUGAUGGAGGACUUGUGUCCUGCUUACUGGAGAUGGCCUUUGCUGGCAAUCGGGGGAUUGAGGUGGACCUGCUCUCUCAAGGCUCCGGAGUGCUGGAGGUGCUGUUCUCUGAGGAGCUGGGCCUGGUGCUGGAGGUGUCGGAGCGUGACGUGACGCGUGUGUGUCAGAGCUACACAGACGCAGGGCUGCUCUGUCACCUCGUGGGCAGAACCGCUGGCUUUGGACCCGAGUCCACGGUCCGGAUGAGAGUGGAUGGACAGGAGGUGUUGAACGAGCCUCUGCCCAAGCUCAGGGCAUUGUGGGAAAGCACCAGCUUCCAGCUGGAGCGGCUGCAGGCCAACCCACUGUGUGUCCAGCAGGAAGAGGAGGGCCUCGCCCGUCGCACACAGCCCUAUUUCAAUCUGACCUUCGACCCCGCCACCACACCCAACAUUGAGAACCUGAGUACUGGGAAGCCUCGAGUGGCUGUGGUUCGUGAAGAAGGCAGCAACGGAGAUCGAGAGAUGUCUGUAUCUCUCUUCAUGGCUGGAUUCGAGGUGUGGGAUGUCACGAUGCAGGACCUCUGCAGCGGCUCCGCCACCCUGGACCCUUUUAAGGCCGUGGUGUUUGUGGGUGGCUUCAGCUAUGCAGACGUGCUGGGUUCAGCGAAAGGGUGGGCGGCCACCGUGACCUAUAACCGGCGCGCGCAGGAGGAGUUUGAGCGUUUCCGGCGGCGCAAGGACACACUCAGCCUGGGCGUGUGUAACGGCUGCCAGCUGCUGGCACUGCUGGGCUGGGUGGGCACCGGACCCAGCGCUGAGUCUGAUGUGACUCUGACCCAUAAUAAAUCGGGCCGCUUUGAGUCUCGUUUCGUGAGUGUGGGCAUCCUGCCAUCUCCAGCUAUUAUGCUGAAGGGGAUGGAAGGAUCUUCACUGGGUGUGUGGGUAGCUCACGGAGAAGGGCUGAUGCAGUUCCGCUCAGACGAGACGCAGAAGCAGGUGAUUGACAGCUCCCUCGCUCCCCUGCGCUACGUGGACGACUCUGGCCACCCCACCGAGGAGUACCCCCUGAACCCCAACGGCUCCCCGCAGGGCGUGGCAGGGGUCUGCUCCGCCGACGGACGCCACCUGGCCAUGAUGCCCCACCCGGAGCGUGCCACGUUGGGCUGGCAGUGGGCAUGGGUGUCCGGACCGCUCCGCACCUCCAUGACACCGUCGCCCUGGCUCAGCAUGUUCAAGAACGCCGUGGCCUGGUGCCAGACCUCACAGUGAGCCGCGCGCCAAUCACGUUGAUCAAUCACGUUGAUCAAUCAUGUUGCCUUAGUUCUCGAUCUGUAGGUUUAAGAGGGUUUUUGUGAGUCAUUCCUAAUACUAAACACAUUCCACUGAGGGCCAGCCUUUCCUCUUGAUAGUAAUACACUGUACUAACCAGUCUCACAUGCAACUCUACAAGCUUUUGCUUCUUUAUGUGUCAACUGUCAUAAAUAAUUUCCACUAAUACGUUUUUUCCAUGAAGCGAUGUAUUUGUUUUGGUAGAUCACUACAGCUGUAACGUCUUUUUGUACCGUCUUUUGAAUUAAAGCUACCCUUGAACUUCA